AUGGCUACGAAUGGAGCUCCCCCGGAGGCCGGACAACCGGCACCACAGAAGCCAGUACCGUAUGUUGGGUCUCGACACGAAAAAUCAUUAAAUAUGCAAUUUAUAGGGAGGCCGGAUAUCAGACGAUGAUCGAGGCGGAAAGUGUCGACGAUUUUGUGCACGCGCAAACGACCCGCGCGCAGGGAAAGGACGAUCAGACGGAUUUGGACGAGAUCUGCGAGGAGGACCGUCUCAUCGAGCGAUUCAUUCGCAAUGGAGAGGUAGGACCGCCAUUUUUGGAAUCAGCGCGUUGGAAAACCCCGGGCACGGUCUCCGAGAGCGCUAAUGCUAAACACAGUGCGCUCGUAAAUUGCGGAGUGUCGUUGUAACUUUUGAAAAUUUGCAGGUCUAAAAAUGCAGUUUAAUUCGAGUUUACGACCUUUAUUUCUUUCUUUUUGACUUGAAAAACGUCUAGAAAACAAUAUUUUACUGAUUGGAAACCGUUCUUUACAGAAUUUCGAGUUUUUCAUGUUUUUAGCGUCUUUUUCGCAUUUCGUCAAAACUUCAAACCUUUAUAUUUCAGCUCAUUUUGCAUUUCAUGAGCCCAACGAACGUUAAAAAUGUUCGCUGAAUCUUUCUUCACAAAAUUCAGGUUCCGGCGGUUAGUUUUCUUGAGCAGUUUACGAAAACUAUUCGAAAAACAUCAAAAUCCAGGCCAAAACCUUCAAAUCGAAAUAACUCGGCUAAUUCUCAACGAUAUACGAGAUUCCUGUUACCAAAACGUAGCUAGUGCUCUAAUUACUCGAAUCCAGGUUCCAGGCGUGAAAAAAAUAAGUGUAUUGUAUAGAAAACAUGGAAAGAACGCGAACUCCCGUUGAAAAUUAAUUAAUCGGCCGCCGCGUAAAUCGACACAGCCCGCCUGUUGCAAGUGCGCCCCAUUGAAUUCAUUCGCGCCGUGGGAGACCGUGCCGGGACGGAGACUAGAAAAUCGAAUUUAGCGGAAUUCCUAUUUCCGCUUUCCAUUACAUCUUGUUGAUUCGCGGCACGAUUGCGUUUAUCGAAAUCUGACAGGAAAAUGGUUGACGCGGAGUUCCGACUUCCGCAUUCCGUUUUCCGCUUCUGAAUUCCCCUAUUUUUCCAGAAGAAUCGCUUCACAAACAUUGUGUGCUACGACGAGGUGCUCGACACGAAUGACAAAGAGUUUUACGUGCACGCGAACACGUUCGCCACUCCAUACGGCAAUUUCAUCAUUAGUCAGGUGAGCGGGCGCUGGCCUAACUUUUUCUAGGUCUUCAAAAGUGCAUUUAGGCGCCGACGGAGGCGUCGUGUGCGGAUCACCUCCAUCUCAUGUGGAUCUUCAAUGUUCGGACGGUCGUUUGUCUCGUGUCGGCCGAAGAAGCCGGCGGAUACUUUGACCCGAACGUCGGCGGCAAAAAAGUAGGGAAGGACUAGAAAAUGCAAGGCCAUCACAUUCUCUUGUUAAGGUCUUCAAAAAGUACACGAUGCGGACGUUGGCCGUCGACGACGUGAAGCGCGGUCUGACGGUCUACCAGUGCGAGUUGUCGCCGUCGACGUGGAAGUGGUGGUUUAGCGGUGGCGCCGCGCCGGCCCGCACAGUCCACAUCAUCAGCUGCCCGACGGACGUUUCCGCGUUGCGUCCGCCCACGCAACAAUCGGCGCUUAUGGAGUACAUGUGGUCGUUCGAGCGGGCCGAAGAGCUCGUCUCGAGCGGCGUCUCGCCGACGACGGUCCUUGUGCACGGCGUGUCGGGCACGCGCCGCUGCGCCUCGUUCGUCGUCAGCGCGAUUAUGUGCCGCCAGAUGCUCGCCACCGCGCACUUCUCGGCGAUCGAGCAGUGGAUCGAGGUGCGGAAGCGACGGGCGCACGCCGGAACUCGCAAACACGACUACUACUCGUCGCUCUACACGGCGUUUGUGUUCGCCGCGCAGUGCGGAUGCGUCAGCGAGACCGAGGAGACGUUUUUGAAGGCGAUGGAGGUGCGAUUUUGGCGGAUUUUAAUUGAAAAUUUCCGCUAAUGUGGUGCACCACGGUGCCAGAGAAAACCUUUUAAAAAAACCAUUGAAAUCACGGUCUCCCACGGCGCGAAUGAUUUCAAUGGGGCGCACUUGCAACAGGCGGGCUGUGUCGAUUUACGCGGCGGCCGAUUAAUUAAUUCUCAACGGGAGUUUGCGUUCUUUUCAUGUUUUCUGUACAAUACACCUAUUUUUCGGUACGCCUGGAACCUGGAUUCGAAUAAUUAGAGCACUAGCUACGUUUUGGUAACAGAAAUCUCAAAUAUCGUUUGAGAAUUAGCCGAGUUAUUUCGAUUUGAAGGUUUUGACCUGGAUUUUGAUGUUUUUCGAAUAGUUUUCGAAAACUGCUCAGGAAAACUAACCGCCGGAACCUGAAUUUUGUGAAGAAAGAUUCAGCGAACAUUUUUAUCGUUCGUUGGGCUCAUGAAAUGCAAAAUGAGCUGAAACAUAAAGGUUUGAAGUUUUGACGAAAUGCGAAAAAGACGCUAAAAACAUGAAAAACUCUAAAUUCUGUAAAGAACGGUUUCCAAUCAGUAAAAUAUUGUUUUCUAGACGUUUUUCAAGUCAAAAAGAAAGAAAUAAGGUCGGGUCGUAAACUCGAAUUGAACUGCAUUUUUAGACGUGCAAAUUUUCAAAAGUUACAACGACACUCCGCAAUUUACGAGCGCACUGUGUUUAGCAUUAGCGCCCCCUGGGAGACCGUGUGAAAUGUGAAUUUUUUGCAGUGAAAAACAACACAAUAAUCGUUAAUUUCAGGUGCUGCAAACACUUUUGGAGAAGCACGGGAAGAGGACGGACAAGGAUCCGCCGGAGCCGUCGGGACCGGAAGGCAAAUCGGAGGCGUGA